GUGACUGAAUGCGGAAGUGCACGCUGUGUUUAUCAGAUGUAAACAGAAGAAAACCACCAUUAAGCAGCUAACUUUAACAUUUAUACUAGUACAACCGACAACCAAACAUUCAUUAUGAGCGUUUAACCCACAGGCGUCUGAUGGCUGCUGAGGAUCGUUCAGAGAGAGAACCGUCAGGAUGACCGUCGUCUGGCUGCUGGACGGCUGCGCGCUGCGUUUGUGCCACAGGCCGGGGCGCGUGUCCGUCGCCCUCUCCUCGACCCCGCUGAGGAACCCAUUCAGAAAUAGAGAUCGGCUGAGCUGGAGGCCCGGGCGCAGCCGGAGGUUCUGGUUCUGCAGGGUCGGACCGUACGCGAACAUCUCCGCCUUCAGCACGUCUGCGCGGCAGGGGGCUGCGGAUCUGAGGUAUCGCACGUCCCGUCUGCGCAGCACUCUGGAGUCGGCUUGGAAAGCAGUGAGCGGGACGCGAGCAGAGAUUCUGUCCCGACUCAAAGCGAAAGAGACAUCGACACCACCUCUUUUAUCACAAGCCCCGCCCCCCACACUUCCUGCUACGCCAACUAAGAUCCCAGAACAGGAGAAUGGAGUGACUGGAGUAGCUCCGCCCACUGCACCUCAAGCCCCACCCUCUUCCCUUCAGGCUCCACCCUCUUCCCUUGUUGCAACUAAGAUUCAAAAACAGAAAGAGUGCGAUGUGGCCAGAACGGCCACACCCACCAACCAAACCACGCCCAUUUUCCACCCAGGGUCUCUCAGCACUCAUCUGGGCGAGACCUACGACUAUCUGUCUCAUCAUGUCAACUCUUACUUCAGCAGCUUCACUAAACCCGAUCAGAGCAUCGCUCCACCCGCGUCCUCUCGCCCGGAAACCUCCUCGUUCUCUCUCGGGAAUUACUUGAACUACUCGACGCCGAGCGUCCAAGCCUUCGUGGGAAACUACAUCAGCCCGCUGGUUCCCCGCUUCAGAACGGAGCCCAGAAGAGUGUCAACGGAGGUGGAUAAACCUGCUGCUGAUGAUGGAGAGCGCACAGAAGCGCCCGAGAGCAAAGAUCAGAGCGCUGCGGAGGAGAGAGCCAGGCGCCUGCGGCUCCAGAGAGAGAAGAUCGUGGCGCGGGUGAGCGUGGAUAACCGGACGCGGGCUCUGGUUCAGGCUCUUCGGCGGGCGUCAGACGUGCGGCUCUGCGUCCGGCGGGUGGAGGAGCUCAGUCUCCAUCUGCUGGAGUUCCCAGAGACACGGUCCGUGGCCGUCAAGGAGCAGGUGAUCCCGCGUCUGCUGCGUCUGCGUCAGGCCGCUGACGAGUCUCUGAGGGCCGCGGUCCGGCAGGCUCUGGCUCUGGUGGGCUUCAUCGAUCCCGUGAGGAACCGCGGCGUCCGGAUCCUGUCCAUCGACGGAGGGGGAACCAGGGGUCUGCUGGCUCUCCAGACGCUGCGCCGCUUACAGGAGCUGUCGGGGAAACCCGUCCACCAGAUGUUCGACUACAUCUGUGGCGUCAGCACAGGUGCGAUAUUAGGCUUCAUGCUGGGUGUUUUACACAUGCCGCUGAAGGAGUGUGAGGAUCUCUACAGGACGCUGAGCUCUGACGUCUUCAAGCAGAACGUGAUUGUGGGAACUGUGAAGAUGAGCUGGAGUCAUGCCUUCUACGACAGCGAGAUCUGGGAGAAAGUCCUCAAGGAGAAGAUGGGCUCGGACCUCCUGAUCGAGACGGCGCGUAACCCAGACUGUCCCAAGGUGGCGGCCGUGAGCACGGUGGUGAACCGCGGUCCUCCGGUGAAGGCCUACGUCUUCAGGAACUACACCCUCCCGGUCGGGGUGCGUUCACAUUACCGCGGCGGCUGCCGGCACAAGCUGUGGGAAGCGAUCCGAGCGUCCUCUGCUGCUCCGGGAUACUUCCAGGAGUUCGCUGUGGGAGACGACCUUCACCAGGACGGCGGGAUGCUGGUCAACAACCCCACGGCUCUGGCCAUCCACGAGUGUCAGUGUCUGUGGCCGGACGUCCCGCUGCAGUGCGUGGUGUCUCUGGGGACGGGACGCUUCGAGAGUGCCGGCAGCAACAGCGUCUCCUUCACCAGCCUGAAGACCAAACUCACCAACGUCAUCAGCAGCGCCACCGACACCGAGGAAGUGCACACUAUGCUGGACGCUCUGCUCCCUCCGAACACGUACUUCCGCUUUAACCCGUUCAUGAGCGAGGAGGUGGCUCUGGACGAGAGGCGGGGCGAGAAGCUGUCGCAGCUGCAGACCGAGGCGCUUCGGUACCUGGAGAGGAACCAGGAGAAGAUGAGACGGGCCGUCGGCGAGCUGAACCGAGACAAGAGAUCCGUCCAGAGCCUGACGGAGCAGCUGCGGCUCAGAGCGCUCAUGUACGGGCUGUAAGGGAGUGCAGCCUUCCCAUGAUCCUCCUGCACACACCACUGAAUCUGACAUGAUGACUUUACUGAAACACAGUUCACAUUCAAUCUCAGACUGAGAAUUUGACACGUAAAAUGCAAAUAAUAAUAAUAAUAAUGUCCAGUAGAAAAUAAGAAGAAAAAGUCAAGUCAGCUUUAUUUCUACAGCGCUUUAUACAGUAGACAUCGAUUCAAAACAGCUUCACAGUGAUAAACAGGAAAAUAACAGAGUAACUAAUGCAAACUUCAUCAAAUAUAAGAACACAACAGAGUCAUUAUUCAGAUCAAUUCAGUUCAGUGUUGAUUCAGUUCAGUUCUGUGUUGAUUCAGUUCAGUUCUGUGUUGAUUCAGUUCUGUUCAGUGUUGAUUCAGUUCUGUUCAGUGUUGAUUGAGUUCACUUCACUGUUCAUUCAGUUCAGUUAAAUGUUGAUUUGUUUGAUUCAGUUCAGUUCAAUGUUGAUUCAGUUCAGUUCUGUGUUGAUUCAGUUCAGUUCAAUGUUGAUUCAGUUCAGUUCUGUGUUAAUUCAGUUCAGUUCUAUGUUGAUUCAAUUCAGUUCAGUGUUGAUUCAGUUCAUUGUUUAUUUAAUUCAGUUCAGUGUUGAUUCAAUGAAUUUCAAAGUUGAUUCAGUUGAGUUCAAUGUUGAUUAGCCCUGUGUUCCAUCCGGAAGGGCUCAUCCCUAUUCCCUAAUCCCUUCAAAGGGUUUACCCUCUGGAGUGAGAGCUUCGAAGAGAUGAAGGGUGUAGGGGUCUUUUUUCUUAACGAGACAAUCAAGGAGGAGUAGAUUGUACAAGCUGCUUUUGUUUAACGUUAGUUUAUUUAUUUAUUUAUUUUAGGUUUAUCACCAUAUUGUAUAUUGUGUCUGUGUAUUUGAAACAUUUGAAUGGACUGAUAAAGGGAGCUGUAAAGUAUUUUUGUUGAAGUACAAUAACAUUUUGACCAUAAUAAUGUGCCAAAUCUAACUUGUAUCAAUAUUACAGUAGUAUAGAAAAAUACUAUACAUACAUUUAUAGGUAAAAUCGAACUCCGAGCCUCCUGUACCCAUUCUGUGACGCCAAACAACUUCCCUGAGCAAAGGAUCAUGGGGGUCUGAAGUGUCCAUCAGUUCCAAAUCCUUUAUUCCAAAGGGCCCUUUGAAGUGGCCAGUUUUGAGCACUUCGUUUUGGAACGACCCUUCAACAUGGCGGCCAUGAUUGUUUUCACUCCGAAGUGCCCUUCGGAGGGCGAUAUAUCCAGUUUGGAACGCACCGUCAGUUCAGUUCAAUGUUGAUUCAGUUCAGUUUAAUGUUGAUUCAGUUCAGUGUUGAUUCAGUUGAAUUCAGAACUGUUUAAUACAUUUAAAAGACACUCAGUAUUCAGUAAUAUUGAUUUGACUGCACUGACACCAUCAGUGAGAAUAAAACUGAGCUGAAUAAUGACGAUUCAUUUCAUAUCUGAUGAAGUUUGCAUCACUGAUUCUGUUUUUUUCCUGUUUAAUACUGUGAAUCUGCUGUGAAUCAGUCUGUACUGUAGAAAUAUAAAUCUGACUGGACUUUUGUAAGCUGCUGUCGAUCAAGAGUUUGAAUUGGAAACGAGUCCUGAUAUGAUCUGAUUCAACAUUGAUAAUGAUUAAAUUAAUGUAAUUAAAGUCCCGAAGGCCACAAGAAUGAUCAUGAAGACUUUAAUGAGGACAGAUGAAUUCUGAACGCACUUUAACCUCUCUCAUGUUUGAUCAUUUAUGGUGUUUUGACUGAGAGAUGAUGUAUUUCUACAGGCAGCUCAUAUCUUUACAGUAUAAACACACACACACACACACACACACACACGCAAGACUGAUCUCGACCUCUGCAUGUGUGAGAAACACUACAGGCUGACCUCUAUCCUGACCUCUGACCUCUGCUGACACUCUACCUGUUAGAUGUCGGCUGAAUCUCAUUUCUAAUUGUUUGUUGCCUUUGAUUCUGACUUUCUCUCUGUUUGAUCCACAUUAUUUUUAACGAAUGCAGUCAUUUGAGUCGAGGCUUCUGGUUUCAUUCGCUUCCAGUUAUUUUAGCUGCUGCUUGAUAUUUAUGAUCAUAUUAAGUUGUUAUUGUAACCAUAAACACACUGCUCUGGUUUUUUAGCAUAGUUUUACCAUUUAAUGCACUUUGUCAUUCUUCUAGUUAUUUAUCUAAAGAGCUGAAAAUAAUGUGGACGAAGCUCAUAUUUAACGUGCACUUCAUCAUAUUUCAUGUGUGUGUGAUUCAAUCACAUUAGAGACGCACAGAAUCAGUUUGAGUGAAUUCAGUGAAUGACAGGACGAAUCGAUGAAGUAAUCUCCAGAAAACACUGAAGACUGAUGAAGAGCUGCUGUGAUUUAGUUUGAGAUUGUUUUGAUCCUGAUAUUUCAGUAUAAUAAAAAAUAAAAUGUA